AAAUAAAAAAAAAAACAACAGACAGGAAAUCGAUUGAAUACCUCGAAUAAAAUAUCAUUGGAGGUAACUUUAAAAAAUGAAAAUUAUUUAUAUGAAACAUGAAGAUGAUAUCAAGACAUUCUGCUGGUAGUCAUUCAAUAAUGUUUUUGAAUAUUAUCAUCAAAAAAUCAUUUAACAAGACUGAUUUAUUAAUUAUUUAUUUAUAAAAGAAAUAAAAGUUUAUUUUCAUGUGGAUCCAACAACUAAUCAUUAUUUGUUUUUAAAUCAAAUAUAAAAAUAAAAAUGGCUGACGAUAAUGGUAGAUGGCCUCUACAUGUAGCGGUGUUUAAUGAUGACGUUCGAAAACUUUCACAUCUACUUCGAAAACAUGACGUUUCUGUUAAAGAUAAACACGGAAAUACUGCCCUUCAUUUAGCAGUAAUGUUAGGAAGAAAAGAAUGUGUUCAAUUAUUGCUUGCACAUGGAGCACCCGUUAAAGUAAAAAAUUCACUUGGUUGGAGUCCACUAGCAGAAGCUAUUAGUUAUGGUGAUCGACAAACUAUUUCAUCGCUUGUAAGAAAAUUCCGUCAACAAGCUCGAGAACAAAUGGAAGAGAGAAGACCGAAUUUAGUGGCAGCUUUAGAAAAAAUGGGUGAUUUUUAUAUGGAAUUAAAAUGGGAUUUUCAAUCAUGGGUUCCUUUAGUUUCUCGAAUAUUACCAUCGGAUAUUUGUCGAAUACAUAAAAGUGGUCCUAAUAUACGAUUAGAUACAACGCUCGUUGAUUUUUCGGAUAUGCGAUGGGAACGUGGUGAUAUUUCAUUUAUAUUUCGUGGUGAUGAAAUACCCCAAAAUAGCCUAAGUGUUCUAGAUAAUAAGUUAAUGGUUUACCAAAGGGUUCGUUACGAGGAAACGGAAAUGGAAAUUGAAGAUGAGGUUGAUUUAUUAAUGUCAACGGAUAUAUUGGCAGCUCAAAUGUCAACAAAAAGUAUAUCAUUUAAUCGUGCACAAAGCGGAUGGAUAUUUCGAGAAGAUCGUAAAGAAACGGUUGCUGGCCAAUAUGAAAGUGAUUUAUAUACAAUCAAUGGUUUAGUAUUGGAAUCGAGAAAGCGUCGAGAACAUUUAUCAAAUGAUGAUCUACAAAAGAAUAAAGCUUUAAUGGAAAGUUUUACAAAAGGUUCAAUGCAAGCAUUUGAUCAAAAUGGUGAACCUGUAAGACGUGCCAGUUUAGAACCGCCACCAAGAACAAGUUGUUGUUGGGAUGAUUAUAUCAAUGCUGAGCCAAAUGAAUAUCCAAAUUUAGGUAGAGAAAUGGUUUAUAAGGAAUCAUCUAAAUCGUUUAGAGCAACCGUUGCAAUGAGCUCUGAAUUUCCAUUGACUGUUGAAAUGUUAUUAAAUGUAUUAGAAGUGAUCGCACCAUUUAAACAUUUUUCAAAAUUACGUGAUUUUGUAGCAUUAAAAUUACCAGCUGGUUUUCCAGUUAAAAUCGAUAUACCAAUAUUACCAACGGUCACAGCAAAAAUUACAUUUCAACAUUUUGAAUUUAGGGAAAAAAUAUCGAAAUCAUGUUUUGAAAUACCUAGCGAUUAUGUUGAGGAUCCUAUGAGGUUUCCCGAAUUAUGACGCUUUGAUAUGUUAAAUUUUAUUGAAAUAACAGAAAAAAAACGUACUAAUAUAACAACAAUACAACAAGAACAACAAUGUAUGAACUAUAGCAGUAUGAAUCAAUAUCAACAAUCAUC